AUGGAUAUUGACCUUCCUUCACCCGCUCAUAUUUUGAAAUCAAGACAAAUGCAAGUUGUUCAUCUAAUUUGCUUGUUGAUUGCUAUUCUGGUACAACACAAACUUACCAUCAAGAAUGGUCCUAAUUUACCUACUAGAGAAACUCUUUUAAAACGUCGACGUGUACGGGAAGAGUUGUUACAUAACCUUUCAAAUGGUGGUCAAUGUCGUCAGCUUAUCCGUAUGAGUGAGCAAGCUUUUAAGAAGCUAUGUGUUAUCUUACGACGUGAUGGUGGUCUUCGACCUACUCAACGAAUGUCUGUUGAAGAGCAUGUUGAAAGAUUUUUGCACAUUGUAAGUAAUGAUUUGAGAAACACAUUUGUCUCUUGGAUGUAUCGGCGCUCGAAAUCCACAACGAGUAGGUGUUUCCAUAGAGUUUUGCGCUCGGUUAUAGCAUUAGAAAGUCUUUAUAUUCAACAACCACAAGGUGAUGUUGUCCCCAAAGAAAUUCAAGAGAAAAAGAGAUUCUUUCCUUACUUCAAGAACUGUGUAGGAGCAAUUGAUGGUACACAUGUUCGUGUCAAAGUACCUAAUAGAGAUGCCCCUAGAUAUCGUGGCCGCAAGGUUUACCCAACGAUAAAUGUGUUAGCUGCUUGUUCAUUUGAUUUAAAGUUUACGUAUGUCUUAACUGGUUGGGAGGGUACUGCAUCAGACUCAAGGAUACUAAAGAAUGCGCUUAAUAGAGAUGAUAAACUAGUAAUUCCAAAUGGUCGCUAUUAUUUAGUAGACGCAGGUUUGCCUCACUCAACUAUAUUAAUGGCGCCAUAUAGAGGUGUUAGGUAUCAUCUCAAAGAAUAUUCCACUCGGGCACCACAAAAUGCUAGAGAGUUGUUCAAUCUUCGUCACGCUUCAUUACGUAAUGCUAUAGAAAGGGCAUUUGGUGUUCUAAAAAGAAGGUUCCCUAUCAUUAGAAUUGAAGAUCGUGACAAAGAUCUUGAAGAUGAGAACCCGAUAAUGAACAAGCAAGAACCUAUUGUAAAUACUGGUAAGAAAUCACUCUUGAACUGGACAGAACAUAUGGAUGCUGCAUUUGUUGAUGCAAUGGUACAACAACAAGAAAAAGGAAAUAGGCCUUAUGGAAAUUUUACAUCACAAGCAUAUGCGAAUAUGGUUGAGGAGAUCAAUACGAAACUUACAAUGAAUUUAACUAAAAGUCAUUUAAAAAAUCGUUUGAAAACUUUGAAAUCUACUUUUUCACAAUGGUAUGACAUGUUCAAUGGGAUUUCCUUGAGUGGGUUCGGUUGGAAUGCUGAUACCCAACUAAUUGAAGUAGAUGAGGAGGUUUGGGAUAACUUAAUUAAGUCGAAGCCUGAUGCAAUUGCACUGAAGACAAAAAAGGUGGCCCACUUUGAACAAAUGUUGGUAUUAUUUGCAAGAGAUAGAGCUUCAGGAGAAAAUGCUGAAACUGCAAAAGAGAGAAAUGCUAGGUUUAACAACACUACGAACAUCAAAAUAGAAAGUAUUUCAGAGGUUGAUUCUUUAUUAGCAAGUAAUGAUGUUAGACUGGAGAACCAACGUGUAGAUGAUGAUGAAGAUGACAUUCAAGUGGUGUCUCCUACACCUGAACAAAAUUCAAGUGCGAAAAAAUGUAAAACUAAAAAAAGAAAACUCGUAGAUGAAGUAGAACAGGAAGUUGAACCUCAGCCUCAACCUGAACCUGAAACAUUCGAAACAAAGAUUAUGAAUGCUGUUAGUGAUGUGGCUAAUGCAAUGAGGGAAGGUAACAAAAUUUUUGAAAGAGCUUACCAUCAUGAGUUAACAGGUGAUGAAAUUUAUCAAGAAUUGCAGCCGAUGGGAUUGGAAGCCCAUGAAAUACCAUGUGCUCUCAUGUAUUUGGCUCGUAACCAAGCAGAUGCGAGGACGUUGUUUACUUGUCCAAUGAACAUAAGGAAGGAUAUACUAAAAACAAUGAUGCGGUGCAGCGGACGCUACCAUCUCCGCUACUACCAUCCACCGCACCAACGCAUCUCUGUUUCCUUCCCUCUCUGUCUCUCUCUCUGCAUCAACAUCAUCAUCGAAGGGUCCACCAUCUGUCUACAUCCACCACAGCCGAUUCGCCUCCCUUACACGGUGAGACGGGGAAGAUAUUUAUAUUGUUGGAGUAGCUAUCUGCUCUCAUUGGAAUCUUCUGAAACAACAGAAGGGUAUUUUGGGAACACGAUUUUUAAGCUAAGUUGGGGAACACGAGGGUAG